GUGGGAUCAGGGGAAAGGGAGGGGGAUGGAUCUUGGUUGUCGAGGAGGCCAUCUCGUAGAAGCACGCGGGGGCGUGGCGGAGGAACAGGACGAAGCCGACGACUACGAAGACGACGAGGAAGAGAAGAAUUAGGAGGAGGAAUAGUUUGAGAAGGAGAAGAAGGAGACGGAGGAAGAGGAGGAGUAAGAGUGAGAGCAAGAGCAGGACCACGGCGACGGCGCCGAGGAAGAGUAGGGAGGAGGAGGGGGAGGAGAUUUGAUGCGUGACCCAGCCGCACUGGCACUACGGAGCAUGAAGCAUGCUGCUGCUUGCGAGCUGGCCAUGCGACGAUGAACCGCGCGAGGGAGAUUGGGUUGAGUAACUGAUUUUUAGGGUUAGGUUGCGGGGUGCAGGCGGCAGCGGAGUUCGUCUCUGUGCGGGAGAUCGCUGGUCCCCUGCCACCGACUACAGGAUUCAUGAUCUUUCUCGAUGAUUUAGGAUCAUGGAGUACACGGGGAGCACCAGUGUGUGAAAUCGUUGUGCACGGCUUGCACCAUGCAAUGUGGAUGAAUAGCUGAUGACCCAUGUCUUAAUCGGAUCCAUGGCCAAUCUCACCUAUACCGAAGUAGGUCUUGGCUAUCUUGCAGGUUAAAAUUAGUUGGUAUCCUUAGAGUGAAGGGAGUGGAAGGAGCAGACAACGGUUGGAAAAAUGAGUGGUGGGGUAAGCAAGAAUACAGAGGGAGCACGGGAGCCACCAUGGCUUCAUGUGCGGCGGGAGGCGUUUGAGUAUGGCAUGCUGCCACUUCCUAGCCUUCUGCACAGCGAUGUUGUCACCGGAUUGAGGAAUCUUCGUGUUAAACUACUCCAGCAGGCUCCUUCUAUUUCUACUUGGCCCUUGAGCAUUACUGCCAAUGCUUCACACAGCACUCCAGCUUCAGGGGGUAGGGAACGAGUGGGCACCGAGGGCAUAGCUGCAGCUCUGGAGGUUGCGGAAGCGCAUGCUCAUUUGGUGCUUGACACCCUAGCGUCUGUUUUGAAUGAAGAGGGAGCAGGUGUGGAUCCCCUGGCUAUUACACCAGUAACCGAAAUCGAUUCUGUGGGGGCUGACAUUGACGAACUAUUGAUAUUUCUGUACAUUCAAACUUAUCGAAGAGUUCCGUCCCGUCCCCAUCGAGGUGCUGCUGACGUGGCUGACGUUUGGCCGUCCACUUCUGCGAUCGAUGGAUUUCUUCCUGCCCUAUCUUCCAUGCAGGUUAGAUCUUCUACGAUGUCUCGACGUUCAAUGCCGGGUCAAGCUGAGGAGGAAGUCAAUCAGCUGACAUAUGUGCAAAAGCAUUUGCCAAAUCUUCUCAACCUCCUGGCAGAGACCACGGAAGAUGAGGACAGCAGUAUUAAGGUCAUAACAGCUGAGCAGUUCGAGCACCUUGGCCUUCUUCUCAAAGCGAAAAAUGCUGAUAUGGAGUUGGUACAAUUGAGUCAGGCAGCCCCCUUCUUUGCUAACUCCGACCCAGACAUGCCAGCAGCUCCUGUGCCUGUAACACAAGUGUUGGAAUGGGUUCAACAGCACAUGUGUGCUGCUUCGGAAAGCUUAAGGGAAACCUCUCUGGGGAAAGAAGAAAAGGUGGUGAAGGAUGUUGGCCCUGCAGAGACCUUGUCCUCUGAGGUUGUGGAUGUUACCAUGGCGGACGCAACAGCUAGUCCUGCCAGUCCCACACCAUCUAAUGCUCGAACUAUUCUUGUACCUAAUGGGGUAUUGCACUUGUCCAAAGACUGGCGCCCGGAGGGUAUGACAUUUGUGGAUGGGAUUAUGAAGGCAUCUGUCUUGAAAAGAGAAGAUGACAUCAAGGGUGAUUCUGUGAAGGUGGCUCAUUGCCAUGAUUCAGUUGUGUACGUACUUGCACCAAUGAAAUACGUUUCCGUGUUUGGUUGUUCGGAUUCUAUUGUUAUGUUGGGGGCUGUUGGUAAGGCAGUUCGAGUGGAGUACUGUGAGAGGGUACAAGUAAUUGUGCCAACAGCUCGUAUUACUAUUGCAAACUGCCGGGAGUGUGUUUUUUAUCUUGGAGUGAACCAGCGGCCGCUGUUUACCGGGGAUAAUCACAAUCUUCAGGUAGCCCCAUAUAAUACGUUCUAUCCAGAACUGGAAGCUCACUUGGCACAGGUCGGAGUUGAUGCGACAGUUAACAGAUGGGAUCGGAUACUUACUUUGGGGGUGGUGGAACCUCACGACGCCUUUAUUCAUCCGGCUAGUUCCCCCGAUGUUCAAACUGAAGGCGCAACACAGCUCCCACCGGAGAAAUUCGUGACGUUUUCGGUUCCAAACUGGAAUAAAACUGAUUCUGAUCAGCUUCUCACUCGUGCAAAUCCUUUCUUAUUACCUAAACCUUACCUCCUCGCGCAGCAGCACAGGUGUAAAGCAGCUGAGAUUUUGAAGCAGAAUCUGAGGACGGCUCUUCUGGAGGAAGGGAAGAAACGCGAACUGAUUUCGGCUAUUCAUGGGCACUUCCGCGAUUGGCUAUUUGCCUCCGGCAACAUCCGUCAAAUAUACGACCUCCAAGCAUUGGAUAGGUUGGACAGCAGCAACAGCAUGGAAUAGAGUUCACUGGACUGAGAUUCAUUUACCUGCUGUUUCACAUCUCUGCUGGUUGUUUCAAUAUCUGGUCAUUUGUUUAUAGGUUUGGUGGAGACCACCAGGUUGGAUCAUCUUUACUGUUGGUAGCUCCUGUCACUCAGACCUUAGUGGGACCAACUUGUGGGUAGAGUUCGUAAUGGCGACAGUGUAACCCGUCUCUUGAAGCAGAAAUCUGCUUCUUAUUGGUUGGGGUUAGUGGUAACUGAGGGACGAAGUAGGAGGAACAUGUUCAAUUUCCGAGAGAAUGAGACACAGAGAGAAGAGAUGUAAUUGGCAGUUGGGAGAGAGCUCCAGGUUUCUCAUCUCGCUGGUAGGACCUGUGACUCCCCUAACCAACCACAACAUUAUUUUAGUGCUGACGAGUAGCUCGUUUAUGUUGUACACAGCCUUUGCAAAAGCGUUUGGGUUCGGUUUAUGGGGUCAAUGAAAUAGGAGUUAGGGCUGCAUUGACGGAAAUGUCAGAUAAUAAGAUGCGAUGCAGAGAUUAGAGCUGACGCAGUCCCUUAUCAUGA